AUGUUUCCCUGGGCCCUCCGCUACCUCUCAGGACCCCACCAGAAGAUAUUUCAGUACCAUGAGACUGUGAGGGGCUUCAUCCACCAUGAGAUCAUCAGGCACAAGCUCAGGGCACCUGAGGCGCCUAAGGAUUUCAUCAACUGCUACCUGUCACAAAUCACCAAGGCCAUGGAUGACCCUGUCUCCACAUUCAACGAAGAGAACCUGAUCCAAGUAGUGAUUGACCUGUUUCUGGGAGGCACCGACACCACGGCCACCACACUGCACUGGGCACUCAUAUACCUGGUCCAUCACAGAGCCAUCCAGGAGAGAGUGCAGCAGGAGCUGGACGAGGUGCUGGGUGCUUCGAAGGUCAUCUGCUAUGAGGAUCGAGAGCGCCUGCCCUACACCCGAGCCGUUCUCCAUGAGGUGCAGCGGCACAGCAGCGUUGUGGCUGUGGGCGCUGUGCGUCAGUGUGUGACGUCCACCUGGAUCCAUGGUUACUACAUGCCCAAGGGCACCAUCAUCUUGCCCAAUCUGGCCUCCGUGCUGCAUGACCCCGAGUGCUGGGAGACCCCUCAACAGUUCAACCCUGGCCACUUCCUAGACAAGGAUGGAAACUUUGUGGCCAAUGAGGCCUUCCUGCCCUUCUCUGCAGGGCAUCGGGUGUGUCCUGGGGAGCAGCUUGCUCGAAUGGAGCUCUUCCUGAUGUUUGCCACUCUCCUCAGGACCUUUCGGUUUCAGCUACCGGAAGGGAGCCGGGGCCUCGGGCUGGAAUAUGUCUUUGGGGGUACUCUGCAGCCUCAACCCCAGAAGAUUUGUGCAGUGCUUCGCCUGGGCAGCCUCGGCCCUAGGGAGGAGGGCCUAUAGUCACCGAGGAGUAAGCAGACUUGCCACUCCAGCCCCUCCCCACAAAGAUCGGCAGUCUGUCAGCUCUAUAAAAUCAGAGGAUAGGAAGACGUGGGUUUUUACCUAGCUCAGCUGCCCAUAGUUCUCACGCAAGCUCUGAUGGUAAUUCCAGAAAAUGGACUUAGCAAGGAUCCAGCAAUAGUA